AUGCCUGAAAAACAACACGUUCUCUGCCCAGAUGUGUGCAGCCCACAGGCCCUGCUAGAUGGGUCAUCUACCUCUGGGCACUUCCAUCAGCCACAGCCCUUCACAGUCCCUGAAGUCCGCCCAUUGGCCUUCGCCUUGCCACCAGUCUCUGCUCUCAGUCCUCCCCCUCCCAUCCCUGGGUACCUUCUCUCUGCAGCCCCUCCCCACUCCUGGGUGCCCUCUCCCUGCAGCAGCCCCUCCCCACUCCUGGCACCCUCGCCAUCCCUGGGUCCCAGCAACCCCCUCCCCAUCACUGGGUCCCCUACCCCUGCAGCCCCCUCCUCAUCCCUGGGUGUCCUCUUCGUGCAGCAGUCCCCUCCCUACGCCUGGGUGCCCCUCCCCACUCAGUCCCCCAUGUCAUCCUUCCCCCUCGACCCCCCGCCGCAGCUCGCCCCGUCACCUGGGCGGGGGUCCGGGCCAGACUCCCUGGGCUCCGCGGGGCCAGGCUGGGCCGGGCCGGGCCGGACUGGGCUGGGACGGGCUGGGCUCGUUGGGCUCGCAGGGCCGCCGUCAAUCGCGGCCGCCGCCUCAGACCCGCCCCCUCCCAGGCCCGAGCGACGGCGGGGCCCGCCAAUCGCCGCAGCUGCGCUUGCUGCUCCGCCCCCAAUCCGCGGAGCGACGUCAACUUUACACCGCCUUCUCGCUUCCCCCCCAUACAGUAACCAGCGGAUGGUCGAUCGACCCCCCGUGCGGGACAGUAGCCAAUGA